CCUCAUCCAAUAAGGUUCUCUCUUCAAUAAUAAUGCGUCUCAAAACCAGAGACCAUAGUCAGCUUCACACGGUUUCAUCACCAAACAUCUGAGAAGACACGUAGUGAAGGAGAAGGAGAAAGAGGAGGAGGAACAAUUACCUGCGGCACAGUGAUGGAUCUGCAGCAGUUACCGGUGGAUUGCAUAGCUAACAUCAUAUCGCUGACGAGUCCGAGUCCUGAAGAAGCGUGCCGACUGUCGCUGCUUUGUAGGAGUUUCAAGUUAGCGGUGGAAUCCGACGCCGUUUGGGACAAGAUCCUUCCGCCUGAGACACAGAAGAUCCUGUCUGAGUUCGUCGAAUCUGGAUUAUUGGCCGCUGGAUCCAAGAAGGAGCUUUACUUCGCUCUCUGCAACAAGCCUCUCCUCAUCGACGACAGUAGAAAGAGCGUUUCACUGGACAAAUGGAGUGGGAAAAAAUGUUACAUGAUAUCUGCAAGAGAGCUUGGUAUUGUCUGGGGCGAAACUCCCCAGUAUUGGACAUGGACGCCUCAUCCUGAAUCCAGGUUUCCGGAGGUGGCUGAGCUUCUUUAUGUUUACCUCCUUGAAAUCCAUGGGAAACUUGAAACACACUUGCUGUCCCCAUCGACUCUGUACAAAGCUUACCUUGUGUUCAAGUUUACUCGAGGGGCUUCUGGAUUUGAACGCCUACCUGCGAAGGUCACUAUAGGUCUGGAGGGAGGAGAACAUAGUGACAGGACUGUGUUUCUUGACUUUCUUCACAAAGAAGGGGAGAGACCCGGGUGGUUGGAGAUUGAGCUGGGUGAGUUUUUCUGUGAAGAGGGAGAAUAUGGGCUGUUGAAAAUGCAUUGUUGGGCGCCUGGGGCUGGUCAUCGGAAGAGUGGUCUUAUUGUUCAAGGCAUUGAGGUCAGGCCUAAGAGGACUGGGAUUUACUCAGAGUUCUUCGAUUUACUGAGUUUCAAGUCAGCGGCAGAAUCCGACGCCGUUUGGGACAAGUUCCUUCUGCCUGAGAUACACAUGAUGCUGUCCCAGUCCCGCGAAUCUGGAUUAUUGGGCGCUAGAUCCAAGAAGGAGCUUUGCCUCGCUCUCUGCAACAAACCUCUCCUCAUCGACGACGGUAAAUUGAGCUUUUCACUGGACAAACGGAGUGGGAAAAAAUGUUACAUGAUAUCUGCAAGAGAGCUUAGUAUUGUUUGGGGCGGUAGUCCCAAGUAUUGGACGUGGACUUCUCAUCCUGAAUCCAGGUUUCCGGAGGUGGCUGAGCUUCUUGAGGUUAGCUGGCUUGAAAUCGAUGGGAAACUUGAAACAUGCUUGCUGUCCCCAUCGACUCUGUACAAAGCUUACCUCGUGUUCAAGUUUACUCAAAAGGCUUAUGGAUUUAAACACCUACCUGCGAAGGUCACUAUAGGUCUGGAGGGAGGAGAACAUAGUACGCAGAGACUGUUACUUCACAACGAAGGGGAGAGACCCGGGUGGUUGGAGAUUGAGCUGGGUGAGUUUUUCUGUGAAAGAGGAGAAUAUGGGCUAUUGAAAAUGAAUUGUUCGGCGUGUGAGUCUAGUCAUUGGAAGAGUGGUCUUAUUGUUCAAGGCAUUGAAGUCAGGCCUAAGGGGAAGUACUAGUAGAAUUCAUCUCGUCUAUGAAAGGGGGUUUUGAUUCUCGCUUUGUUUUACAUUAAUUCUCUGCAAUUUUCUGCAAUUGACACUAAUGGAUCGUGUGAAUGGCUUUAUUGUGUGAAGUAUGAAGUACUCGGUAUUUAAAGAGAUGGUACUUAUAUAAUUUUAGUCGGGUUUUUUUACUUCAA